UCGUCGUCGACAAAUCAGAUCCCGGACGACCAAAUCAAUCUCUUCACAGUAAAGUGGGUGCACAAGAUCGAUUGAUUUUGUUCCUCUCCAUCAGUCCGAGAGUAACAUCAUGGCGACGGUUGCCGACAUUGUACAAGACAUAUUGAAUGCGGAGACCUUGCCAAUCGCCGGCUCCACCUUCCUGGCGCUCAUCCAGAAGUUGGUGGAUCACGCUGAACACCUCGAACAGAACGUGUCCGACUUGAACGAACAACUCGACAACCUCCGCGAACAAGUGUCGCUGGGGAAUGCUGCGACCGUCAUCCAAGCGGGGUUUCGUGGGGCCAAAGAUCGCGAUACUAUCAUGCGGGCCAAGCAGUUUCAGCAGCAAGGAACGUGCGUGCUCAAGAAGUACUUGCUCAAGAAGGAUCGUGUACCUGGCAUGCACAAACUCGACACAUUGCACGGCGAUAUCGCGCCGAACUUUCGUCGCCUCAAGGACUCUCCAAUCUAUGGCAGUGCUCAGCCAUCCGAAGCAGGAAUCAACCACAUUUUGGAUACGGUCACUGCCGACGGGUACUCAAAAGUGGUGUGGGUGACGUUGCGCGACGAAGCUGUGAUCUUCGUCGACGGCACUCCUUUCACGGCGCGGCGAAGCGGGAAAUUGAACGACAACGACUUGGUGCCAGGCAUGACAGGACACAACAUCAGCGUGCUCGAAUUGUCGCUCAAGAAUAGCUUGGUGGACCAGUUGAACCUGUCGGACCACAAGUUUGAGUAUUGGCACGAGCCGACGCUGCUGUGCAACGAGCUCGCUGUGAGCACCGUCGACCCUUCCCACGUCUUGACGUUGCCAGAACUCAUGAGCCGCAUCCAACAUCCUGGCAUUCAGUCAUUGACGUACCAUCGGGCGCCCAUCGACCGCGAAAACUUCCCCGAACAUUCCAUCGUGGACCGACUCGUCGAUUGGCUUCGCAGCGCAGAUGCAACCACAGCGCUGGUUUUCAACUGCCAGAAAGGACGAGGGCGCACCACCACGGCCAUGUCGCUGGCGUAUUUGAUCUGGUCUGCGCCUACCCAAGUCCAAUCGCCAUUGGAUGCUCACGACCACCCCGACUCGAGACUUGUUCGUGCCAUGACGAUGGACCCUCGAAAUGCAGACUACAAGCACGGGCUGUACAAGGUCAUCCUCGCGCUAUGUGACAAAUUGGAGAACGGCGUUCGAACCAAAGGGUGGAUUGAUAACGUCAUCGACGACGCGUCUGUCAUAUACAACAUUCGCCUCGUUAUCAACGAGUACCGCGCGAGAUCACUGGAAGAAGCCAAGCCGGCCAAACGCUCGUUUUACUUGCAUCGCGCGUGUCGGCUUCUGGAGCGCUACUUCUACUUUAUCGUGUUUGGGUCGUACUUGACCAGUGCGUCGACGGAUUCCGUACCGUACUCGACGUGGCUCCAAAGCCACACGGACUUGUUCCGACUCUUGGACACCAUGGGGGGCGCCACGUACCCGUCCAGCAAGGUGCUGAAAAAUAACAUUUUGAAGUUCGACCACUUUCCAGGGCUGAAUCGGUUGCCGAUGAUAUUGGGGCCGAACGUGCCCAAUUUUCGCCAAGUGGGGGAUUUUCCCAUCUUUGGCACGGCGCAGGUGUAUCAAGAAGGCAUUGCGGAUGUGUUGCAGCACCUGCGCACCGUUGGUCACCCAAAGGCGAUCUGGAUCAACCUGCGCGAAGAAGUCAUCUUGUACGUGGCCGGUCGGCCGUUUGCCGUGCGCAACCAAGGCAAUGUGUUUCUGAACGCAGAGUACCCUGGCAUCGAAGUGAAUGAAAUCACAGCCAUCGAAGCCACGCUCAAGAAAGAACUCAUGGAAAAAGUGACGAAAAGCAACGGACUGUUCAAGCACUUGCACGAGCCGCGCGAGUACGUGACAGAGGAAUCGUUUGACGUGAUCUCGCCUGAAAACGACAUUUUCACGCUCGAAGAUGCGUACCACGCCGUGCGCCGCGCCGGUUUUGAUGUCCGCUACGCGCGCAUUCCAGUACUUACCAAACUGCCUGCUCUUGAGAUAUAUAUAUAUAUGGAUCGAUAUGCCAUCCGUCGAUCGAAACCAAUCGUUUUCAUUGGUAGGUCUCGGACGAAAUUGCCCCAGAGGAAAAAGAUUUUGACGACCUCGUGCGGCUCUUGGGCCCGAUCUUCACGUCCGAAGUCGGCAGUUUGCACCCCACGGCGAUCGUUUGCAAUUGCCAAAUGGGCCGCGGACGGACCACGACCAUGCUCGUGUGCAUGUACAUGCUUCGCGCUGUCGUCGCCGGCGCCGUGCCGUCGACAGUCGAGCCGAAAUCAUCGGCGCACUUUGGCGUGAUUGACGAGUUGGUUGCUGUCCUCGACAACGGCAACGAGAGUCUCAACUUGGUCAACUACGCCGUGGACAUGGCCGACCACGUGCAAAAUCUUCGCGAUUGCAUCGAGUCGUGCCGCGAUUUAACCAAGGAGAACGGGUUGUCGGUGGAAAAGCAAGAGUAUUUCAUGCAGCGAGCGGUGAACUACUUGGAGCGGUACUUUUACCUGAUCUGCUUUGCCUCGUACAUUCUGGACCAACAACCCAAGCAGUUUCAAACGCUAUUUGUCAACUGGAUGUGCUCGAGAUACGACAAUGCGCUGUACGCGCUGCUGGACAACCUGAAUUUCGACGACAAGAACGACGACGUUGUGUCGUCCAUGCGCUGGCGAUGGCGGCGAAAGCGAAAGAUGGUCUACCGCUUGGAGUAAAUAAAUUCGCUGCCCGAUUGGACGACCUAGGCAAAGAAAGGCACCGAAGGGCACGUCUGCGAGAGACAAGGGUUGUAGCAAGUCUCAAGGAUUUCUUUCUGUUGCUAUACGUAAGGGCCGAGUUCCGUGCCACAUUUACAGGUCCCUCGUUGGAGCCUCGUUGGAGGACUUCGAUUUGCAAUUAUAAUACCGUUUUGUAAAGAUUAAAUGACUUGUUUGUGGAAACACUUCUG